CCAUCUGCUCCUUUGAACUUUGAUGUCGUUCUCACUGCUCCGAACCAGGUGAAACUGACAUGGGAUCGCCCUUUACAUGUGAAUGGGCAUAGCAACUUCGGUGGUUAUUAUGUAUAUGUAGAGAAACUGUUGAAUGGUGAGCCUGUAAAUCGACGUCGUUCCAAAUACGACGUGAUCAAUGACCUUUCGAAACGUUACUGGGAAAUCGACAAGUUGGAGCCGAAUACGGAAUACGCGUUCAGAAUGAAUGCGUUCAACCGUAAUGGAGAUGGCGAAUAUACGGAGACAAAACGAAUAGUAACGGGAGGAAUUCCACCUCGCCAACCAGAAAUUCUUUCGGUAGUGUUACUGGGAGAUGAAGCACCGUUGAGAGCUCGUGUUGAGUGGAAAAGGCCGCAACUUGCACCACUCGAAAGUCCUAUCGAUAGGUACAAUGUCUGGUAUAAAGCGGAAGGAGCUGAACACCACAUGAAGAAAGUCGUGAACGGUACUUCGAACAGCGUUGAACUUACCGGAUUACUGAUGGGACGUGUGUAUGAAAUCCUGUUGGGCGCCGAAAAUGUUGAAGGCCUGAGUACGAAUGCUACCGAACAGUUGGUAACACCAGUCGGAAAUCCAGAUGGCGAACCACUUAAUGUGCAGUAUGAAAUAGUGAAUGGAAAGUAUCGUGUUCAGAUGAGGAUAUCGUGGGAACCGCCGGCCGAAGAUCGACGCAAUGGCAAUAUCACAGCUUACAAGGCCAUAUUAACGCCAAUGGACUCCGAUGGGGAACGCAUCGAGAAGGAGGUGAAAGACGGCUCAAGUUCGGCUACGUUUGCUGUGGACGUCCGUAAGGCGUACACCUUUAAAGUUGCGGCAGCGACAAUGAAAGGAUCUGGUCCGUUCUCGCCAGUGCUCACCAUCAAUCCCGAUCCUGCUGGUUAG